AUGACGGAUUUAGGAACGCCAGAGAUGCUGCUGAUGUGGAGGAGGCUGAACGUGAAGAAAACGGGAAGGCUGAGACGCGACCUCCCGCUUCUCCUCCUGCUGGGGCUUCUCUUGGGGGAUUUCUCCUCGUCCAAGGCUGAGUCUUGUGGUGGUGUAGUCCAAGGCCUGAAUGGCACCAUAGAGUCACCUGGUUUCCCCCAUGGCUAUCCCAACUACGCCAACUGUACAUGGCUGAUAAUAACAGGGGAGAGGAACCGAAUCCAGCUAACCUUCGUCACUCUGGCGCUGGAGGAAGACUUUGAUAUUGUAUCGGUUUAUGAUGGACAGCCCUCACCUGGCAACUUAAAAAUGAGGUUGUCAGGAUUCAUGCUGCCCUCCCCUGUAGUCAGCAGUGGAUCCAUAUUGGCCUUGUGGUUUACCACAGAUUUUGCUGUGAGUGCACAGGGUUUCAAAGCUGUGUAUGAAGUGCUGCCGAGUCAUACAUGUGGCACCCCUGGUCUCAUUCCAAAUGGAGUCAUUCAUGGCUCGCGGUACAACAUGGGGGAUAAAAUCCGAUACAGCUGUGAGUCAGGGUUUGUAUUGGAAGGACACAGUAUCCUCACAUGCAUCGUAUCGCCUGGAAGUGGAGCACAAUGGGACUUCCCAUCGCCUUUUUGCAGAGCCGAGGGAGCGUGUGGCGGUACGUUACGAGGCACCGCAGGUUCAAUAACCAGCCCUGGAUACCCAGCAGAGUACGACAACAACCUGGACUGUACGUGGUCAAUCCUUGCUGAGCCCGGGGACACCAUAGCUCUCGUCUUCAAUGACUUCUUAUUAGAGGACAAAUAUGACUUCCUGGAAAUCAGCGGGACAGAAGCACCAAGCAUAUGGCUGACUGGUACAACUCUGCCUUCGCCAGUGAUUUCAAAUAAGAACUGGGUUCGGAUACAUUUCACCUCAGACAGCAAUCACAGAAGAAAAGGAUUCAGCGCUCAGUAUCAAGUGAAGAAAGCAAUCGAGCUGAAGUCUAGAGGGGUGAAAAUGAUGCCCAGCAAAGACUCCAGUCACAAAAACGCUGUCUUGAGUCAAAGUGGUCUCGCUGGUGAUGUUUGUCCGGAUCCUGGAGUUCCCGAAAAUGGCAAGAGGAUGGGCUCUACUUUCCAAGUUGGCUCCAGCGUCCAGUUCAGUUGUGAUGACAGCUACGUACUACAGGGAUCCAAAAGUAUCACCUGUCAACGAGUCACUGACACACUGGCAGCCUGGAGUGACCACAGACCCAUCUGCAGAACUCGUACCUGUGGCAGUAACCUAAGAGGACCCAGAGGGGUCAUAACUUCUCCCAACUACCCUGUUCAAUAUGAGAACAAUGCCCACUGUGUGUGGGUCAUCACUGCAAUGGACGCUGACAAGGUAAUAAAGCUGUCAUUUGAAGAGUUUGAUCUCGAGAGAGGAUAUGACACACUGACUGUGGGAGAUGGGGGGAAGAGUCGGAGAGUGCUUUAUGUACUCACUGGCUCCAGCGUCCCUGACCUCAUUGUCAGCUUGUCCAAUCAAAUGGGGCUACACCUGCAGUCAGACGAUACAAUCGGCUCAGCAGGCUUCAAGGCAGUAUAUGAAGAGAUCGAACGAGGCGGCUGCGGCGAUCCUGGGGUGCCCGCAUUCGGUCGCCGUAGCGGUGACCGCUUUCAACAUGGUGACGUGUUGACCUUCUUUUGUCAGGCAGCCUUUGAACUUGUGGGAGAAAGAACCAUCACAUGCCAGCACAAUAAUCAGUGGUCUGGCAAUAAACCCAGUUGUGUCUUCUCAUGUUUUUUCAACUUCACGGCCCCAUCAGGGACUGUAUUGUCCCCAAACUACCCAGAGGAAUAUGGAAACAACCUGAAUUGUGUGUGGUUGAUUAUUUCUGAACCGGGAAGCCGCAUUCAUCUCCUCUUCUCUGACUUUGACCUGGAGCCACAGUUCGACUGGUUGGUGGUCAAAGAUGAAGGUCUGUCUGAGCCAACAACAUUUGGGACAUUCUCAGGAAAAGAUGUUCCAUCACAGAUCGCCUCGAACGGUCACAUCAUGAGACUGGAAUUUCAGUCUGAUCAUUCAAAUACUGGGAAAGGCUUCAAUAUCAGCUAUACCACAUUUGGUCAGAAUGAAUGUCAUGACCCAGGAGUCCCAGUAAAUGGUCAGAGGUACGGGGACCAGUUUCAGCUUGGCAGCUCAGUGGCGUUUCGCUGUGAUCAAGGAUUCAUUCGGACUCAGGGGUCCGAUCAGGUCACCUGCAUUAUUCAGGAUGGAAAUGUUGUCUGGUCUGCAGCUGUACCUCGCUGUGAAGCUCCCUGUGGAGGGCAUCUCACAGCUCCUACAGGUGUUUUGCUAUCUCCUGGUUGGCCCUCCUUUUACAAAGACUCUCUGAACUGCCAGUGGGUGAUUGAAGCACAAGCAGACCAUGCUGUAAAGAUACACUUUGACAAGUUCCAGACAGAAGUCAACUAUGACACGCUGGAGAUCAGGGAUGGCCCCUCAGCAUCCUCUCCCCUGAUCGGCGAAUACCAUGGUACCCAAGCGCCUCAUUUCCUGAUUUCCACAUCAAACUUCCUGUUCCUGUUGUUCACUACAGACAACAGCCGCUCUGCCGCAGGCUUCAGCAUCAGAUAUGAAAGUGUGAAAAUGGAGUCAGACUCGUGUCUCGAUCCUGGUAUCCCAGUGAAUGGUCGUCGCCAUGGCAGCAGCUUUUCCAUUGGCUCUCGUGUGUCAUUUACAUGUGACCCGGGAUACACACUUAGCGAUCAGGAGCCAAUUGUUUGCGAGCAGAAUCAUCAGUGGAGUCACGCUCUUCCCAGUUGUGAUGCUCUUUGUGGAGGCUAUGUUUAUGGUAAAACGGGAACAAUUCUGUCUCCUGGCUUUCCUGACUUCUACCCCAAUUCUCUUAACUGCACCUGGACUAUAGAAGUGUCCCAUGGAAAAGGAGUCCAUUUGGUUUUCCACACUUUCCAUCUGGAAGAGAACCACGACUACUUGUCAAUCACAGAGGAUGGCAAUUUUCAGGUUCCGGUAGCUCGACUCACUGGCUCAGUGCUGCCCCCUAGUGUUAAAGCCGGACUCUAUGGGAACUUCAGCGCUCAGCUACGGUUUAUUUCAGAUUUUUCCAUGAGUUACGAAGGAUUUAAUAUCACUUUCUCAGAGUAUGACUUGGAGCCAUGUGAGGAUCCUGGUGUACCAGCAUCCAGCAGGAGAAUGGGACUCAGCUUUCAAGUUGGUGAUUCAUUGAACUUUUCUUGCUUCCCUGGCUACCGACUUGAGGGAGAGAGCAAGAUCACUUGUCUGGGAGGAGGCAGGCGAGUCUGGAGCAACACGCUACCACGAUGUAUAGCUGAGUGUGGGGCCUCCUCACUGGGACCAGAAGGUGUUCUCCUUUCUCCAAAUUUCCCCUCCAACUACAAUAACAACCAUGAGUGCAUCUACCGCAUUACUACUGAAAAGGGCAAAGGAAUCAGGCUGAAAGCUGAGAGCUUCUCAUUGCAAGAUGGAGAUAAUCUCAAGGUAUAUGAUGGAGAGAACAGUUCGUCACGCCUCCUUGGAAAUUUUACUCGUGAAGACAUGAUGGGUCGUGUCAUCAAUAGUACAUCUAAUCACCUGUGGCUGGAGUUUAAUAGCAAUGCUUCUGGAACCAAUCAGGGCUUCCACCUUACAUAUACAAGUUUUGACCUAGUACGCUGUGAGGAACCAGGUGUCCCUAGUUAUGGCUAUAAGAUCCAGGAUGACGGUCAUUAUGCCAACACUUUUGUCCUGUACUCCUGCAACCCUGGAUACAGUCUUCAUGGGAGCAGUGCACUCACCUGCCUCAGUGGUGACAGACGCGUCUGGGACAAGCCGCUUCCUUCCUGUGUCGCGGAGUGUGGAGGUCACAUAACUGGUGCGGUGUCUGGACGGAUUCUGUCUCCAGGAUAUCCUGCUCCAUAUGACAACAACCUCCACUGUACCUGGACUAUAGAGGCUGAUACAGGAAAAACUAUCAGCCUGCACUUUAUUGUCUUUGACACUGAGGUUGGCCACGAUAUUCUGAGAGUUUGGGACGGCCCAUCGGGACCAUCAGAUGGUGGGAUCCUGUUGAAAGAAUGGUCAGGCCCAGCAUUACCUGAAGACAUCCACUCAACUUUCAACAUACUUACACUACAGUUUGAUUCUGAUUAUUUCAUCAGCAAGCAAGGAUUCUCAAUACAGUUCUCCACCACAACAGCCACGACCUGCAACGACCCCGGCAUCCCUGUCAAUGGUUCUCGAUACGGGGACAGUAAGGAACCUGGUGACAGUAUGACAUUCCAGUGUGACCCGGGGUAUCAGCUUCAGGGCAAAGAUACCAUCACAUGUGUGCGAAUGGAUAACAGAUUCUACUGGCACCCUGACCCUCCAACAUGUGUAGCAACCUGUGGAGGUAACGUCAGUGGUCCUUCCGGGGUAAUUCUGUCUCCCAACUACCCCCAGCCCUACCCGCCUGGGAAAGAGUGCGACUGGAGAAUCCGAGUCAACCCAGACUUUGUCAUUGCCCUCAUCUUCAAAAGUUUUAACAUGGAGCCAAGUUACGACUUCCUGCACAUCUAUGAGGGUGAAGACUCUAAUGGGCCUCUACUAGCAAGUCUCCAAGGCAACCAGGCCCCAGAGCGGAUAGAGAGCAGUGGUAACAGUCUCUUCCUUGCAUUCAGAUCGGAUGCCUCGCUGGGCAUGUCUGGAUUCGCCAUCGAAUAUAGAGAAAAACCAAGGGAAGCCUGUUUUGAUCCCGGUAAUGUUAUGAAUGCCAGUCGGACAGGGUACGACUAUAAAUUGGGAUCUCAGGUCUCCUACAGCUGUCACCAUGGCUACACAAUAGCAGGUGAAGAUACCAUCACCUGUGUCAUGGGUCCAGAUGGAAAGCCAGUGUGGAACAAGGCACUGCCAUCAUGUAAAGCGCCAUGCGGAGGACAGUAUGGUGGAUCUGAAGGGGUCGUUUUGUCUCCAAACUAUCCUUUAAACUACACGACAAAACAGACUUGCUCCUAUUACAUCACAGUGUCGCCUCAGUUCGUGGUGUUUGGUCAGUUUGCGGUCUUCCAAACAGCAAUGAAUGACUCAGUGGAACUGUUUGAUGGACCCAAUGACAACGCCCGAUUGCUCAGCUCCCUGGCUGGUUCACAUUCAGGAGAGACACUGCCAUUGGCAACUUCCAAUCAGAUCAUGCUCCGGUUCAAUGCUAAAAGUGGCCAGUCAGCUAGAGGCUUUCACUUUGUCUACCAAGCUGUGCCUCGGACCAGUGACAGCCAGUGCAGCUCAGUACCUGAGCCUCGGUAUGGCAGGCGGAUUGGUUCAGAGUUCUCAGUGGGCUCUGUGGUUCGGUUUGAGUGCAAUCCAGGAUAUCUAUUAAAGGGAUCCAAUGCGAUUCGGUGCCAGGCGGUACCAGGUGCCCUCGCACAGUGGAACACAACAACACCAACUUGUAUAGUUCCCUGCAGUGGUAAUUUGACUGAACGUCGCGGGACAAUACUGUCUCCUGGCUAUCCUGAACCCUACCCAAAUAGUCUCAAUUGUCUGUGGAGGAUUCAUGUCAGUGAAGGGGCUGGGAUUCAGAUCCAAGUAAUGACAUUUGCUACUGAGCACAACUGGGACUCUCUGGAGAUCUACGAUGGAGGAGACAUGACAGCUCCCAAAUUAGGGUCAUUUUCUGGAACAACAGCUCCUGCCCUCCUCAACUCAACAUCCAAUCAGCUCCUUCUUCACUUUCAAAGUGACAUCAGUGUGGUGGCAGCAGGCUUUCACCUAGAAUACAAAACGGUUGGCCUUACCACUUGUCCAGAACCAAUGAUCCCAGCCAAUGGAAUUAAAACUGGAGACCGAUAUAUGGUCAAUGAGGUGGUGGCAUUCAGUUGUGAACCUGGCUACACUCUGCAGGGUCACUCUCACAUUUCCUGCAUGCCCGGGACAGUGCGUCGAUGGAACUACCCACCCCCUCUUUGCAUAGCUCGUUGUGGUGGGGUGCUGACUGAAAUGAGUGGUGUCAUCCUUAGUCCAGGUUUCCCUGGCAACUACCCCGGCAACCUGGACUGCACCUGGCAAAUCACCCUGCCAACUGGAUAUGGAGCUCAUAUUCAGUUCCAAAACUUCUCUUCAGAAGACAACCAUGACUUCCUAGAAGUCAGGGCUGGUCCACAGCACAGCUCAUCCCUUAUUGGUCAGUUUACUGGCUCACAGCUCCCACCCCCUUUACUGAGCACUACCCACCUGACGAUCAUCCACUUCUACAGUGACCACUCAGAGAACCGGCCAGGAUUCAAACUGACCUAUCAGGCCUACCAACUUCAAAACUGCCAGGAUCCAUUUCCUUUCGCAAACGGUGACAUCAUCAACAGUGAUUACAGCGCCGGGCAAUCUAUAACUUUUCAGUGCUACCCUGGUUAUGUUUUGAUUGGACACACAGUGCUAACAUGCCUGCAUGGUAUCAACCGGAAGUGGAACCACCCAUUUCCACGAUGUGAGGCUCCUUGUGGCUAUAAUGUCACAGCUGAAAAUGGGACCAUCUACUCACCUCAGUACCCCAAUGAAUAUCCAAACUCCCAAGACUGUAGCUGGCUCAUCACUGUUCCCCACGGACAUGGAGUUUAUAUAAAUUUUACCUUAUUGCAGACAGAACCCGUCACCGAUUACAUUGCUGUCUGGGAUGGCCCAGAUACGUCCAGUCCUCAGCUGGGAGUUUUCAGUGGUAACACCGCACUAGAGACCGCCUACAGCACCAGCCCGAAGGUCCUGAUUCGCUUUCAUUCAGACUUUUCAACUGGAGGAUUCUUCAUUCUGAACUUCCAUGCGUACCGUCUGAAGAAAUGCCCUCCUCCCCCUGUUGUGGAGAAUGCAGAGAUGAUCUAUGAAGAUGAGGACUUCCAAAUAGGUGAUAUUGUGAAGUAUCGCUGUUUACCUGGAUACACGCUGCUUGGAAAGGCAGAGCUUAUGUGUAAACUCAACUCUCAUUUGCUCUUUGAAACCCCGCCCCCAACAUGUCAAGCCCAGUGCCCAGCCAAUGAGGAACGGUUUUCAUCCUCGGGUGUGAUACUGAGCCCUGGGUUUCCUAGCAAUUAUCCAAACAGCCAGACAUGCUCCUGGUUGCUGCGUAUGAUUCCAGGUUACACCAUCAAUAUCUAUGUCGAGAUGUUCCACAGCGAGAAGCAGUUUGAUGAACUGGAGAUUUUUGAUGGAUCUUCCGGACAAAGCCCACUGCUUGUUGCGCUAAGUGGGAACCAUUCCUCUCAACUGAACUUCACAUCAAAGACAAACCAACUCUAUCUACGAUGGUCCACUGACCAUGCAACCAACAAGAGAGGAUUCAAGAUACGGUACUCAGCUGCUUACUGUAGCAUUAAUGAUCCUCCUCUGAAUGGCGGUGUGGUCAACCGAACCAAACUUCGCCCAGGUAGCAGACUUCAGUACUUUUGUAAUCGUGGUCACAGGCUGGUGGGCUCAAGCAAUGCCACCUGCAAGCUCGACUCCAAUGGGCUUUUCCAGUGGGAUACCCCGCCGCCUUUUUGUCAAGCUGUCUCAUGUGGCAUACCUCCGUCACCGGGAAACGGCAGCUUCCAUGCUUACCAGUAUACUGUUGGGAGCCAGGUCACCUAUCAGUGUAACCAUGGUUACCACCUUGACCCAGGUGUUCCGAUGACUGCCAUGUGUUUGGAGGAUGGCAGCUGGAGCAAUGCUGCCUCAGUCUCCAGAUGUCUACCGGUCCACUGCCCCAGCAUUGGCGACGUCCUCUCAGAUCACAUGGCCUACCGCCUAAUUUCUGGUAGGCUGGGAGAGUUUGGUUCUGUGGUGAUGCUGGAGUGCUCAACUGGGUACUAUUUGGGUGCGGGGCAUCGGACUCUUCGGUGCCUUGCCAACCGAACUUGGGAGGGGUCAGAUGCCCCAGCUACCUGUAAGAUUAUCUCCUGCGGGGAACUUCCUUCCCCACCUUUUGGUACCAAACUGGGGACGUUGACCACAUUCGGAGCAACUGCAAUCUUUAUGUGUAACCAUGGCUACACGCUGGUGGGAUCCCACGUGAGGGAGUGUGGCGCUAAUGGGCUGUGGAGUGGUGUAGAGACCAGGUGUCUAGCUGGCCACUGUGACUCUCCAGAUCCUAUAGUCAACGGCCACAUUAGUGGGGAUGGAUCUAGUUACCGUGACACAGUGGUAUACCAGUGCAUGUUAGGAUAUCGCCUAAUUGGCACAUCAGUCAGAAUCUGCCAACAAGACCACCGGUGGUCUGGAACAACACCUGUCUGUGUCCCAAUCACUUGUGGUCACCCAGGCAACCCAGCCAAUGGGCGGACCAAUGGCACCGAAUUUAAUCUCAAUGAUGUGGUCAACUUCACCUGCAACAGAGGUUACGUCCUAAGUGGAAAUGCUCGGGCUCAGUGCCGACUUAACGGACAGUGGAGCAGCCCCUUACCAGUCUGCAAAGUGGUGAACUGUUCUGACCCCGGUCAUGUGGAGAAUGGCGUGCGCCAGUCCGGCCUUCGUUACCCAGAAGUCUUCAGCUAUGGUGUGACUGUAGCAAUCCACUGCAAACGAGGCUUCUACCUAUUGGGUUCUGCACUCCUUACAUGUCAGCAUAAUGGACUGUGGGACCGGCCAAUCCCUCGUUGCCUAGCUAUUUCCUGUGGUGACCCUGGUGUACCCCCUAAUGUAGUAGUAUCUGGGACCAACAGUUGGACAUAUGGUUCAGUUCUGCAGUACUCUUGUCUACCUGGUGGAGUGCUUGUGGGCAAUGCUACUCGCCACUGUCAGGAAGAUGGUACAUGGAGUGGAGCACCACCCUACUGCACUGGUGUGAGUGCUGGAAUCUGUGGAGACCCAGGGAUCCCUCCUCAUGGUGCCCGUAUAGGAGGAGAGGAAUUUAAAACCAAGAGCCUUUUGCGCUUUAGCUGCGAGGCAGGAUAUAACGUGAUUGGGUCAGCCGAGAGGACCUGCCUUCAUAAUGGCACCUGGAGUGGUACACAGCCUGUCUGUCAAGCUGUAUCCUGUGGUAACCCUGGCACCCCAGCACAUGGCAGAAUUGUCUUCAGUGACGGCAUCACCUUCGGCAGCUCAGUGGCUUACACGUGCUGGGAAGGCUUCAAAACAUCAGGCCUGACCACCAGACACUGCACAACCAAUGGGACGUGGACAGGACAACCCCCAGAUUGCACUGUGAUCAGUUGUGGAGAUCCUGGGACAAUAGCCAAUGGAAUCUAUAUAGGAAGAGAGUUUAACUUCAACCACACAGUGAUCUACCGCUGCAACCCCGGUCACUUGAUGGAACCACCUGGACAUGGACGCAACGUUCUGCGCUGCAUAAAAGAUGGAACCUGGAACCAAACUAAACCCAGCUGUAAAGUGAUCCAGUGUGGAGCUCCCCCUCAAGUACAGAAUGGGAAAGUGGAAGGGACCGACCAUUCAUGGGGAUCGAGUAUUAGCUAUAGUUGUUUCCACGGUUAUCAGCUGUCCACUCCUGCUGUGUUAACCUGUGAGGGGAAUGGGACUUGGACAGGAGACAUCCCGCAAUGUCUGCCUGUCCUAUGUGGUGAUCCUGGCUCUCCUGGAGGAGGAUUCAGAGAGGGAAAUAUCUUUUCAUACCGGUCAGAGGUCAGGUUCUACUGCCAUGCCCCCUACUUGCUGGUAGGCUCUGCAUCCAGAGUCUGUCAAGCAGAUGGAAGUUGGAGUGGCCAACAACCAGCUUGCAUAGACCCAGCCUUCAACAGCUGUCGUGAUCCAGGAACUCCAGCUUAUGGUAUCCCAGUCAUGGCCCAAGGCUUUCAAGUUGGCAGUAAGAUUUCCUUCAAGUGCCGCAAAAACUACCACAUCCUCGGUUCGACGACAAGAACAUGCCUAGAUAACCUGACCUGGAGUGGAACACAGCCUGAGUGUAUAGCCCAUUCAUGCAGACAGCCAGAGACCCCCAGUAAUGUAGAUGUUCGAUCUAUGGACCUGCCUACCUUGGGAUACACUCUGAUCUACACCUGUCAAGAAGGUUUCUAUCUGGCUGGGGGCUCAGAGCACAGAACCUGUAAAAGUGAUGGUAGAUGGUCAGGAAAACCACCGCUCUGCAAAGUUGGAGUCAAAGUCAAUCCCAAAGGCAGAGGGGAUACAGAUGUCCAAAAGAACAAGAUUCGUGUUCCAGUGGAUGUCUUCUCUCCGAACUCUGAGUGGAGCGGCUUCUAUGAGUACCUUGGGAAGAGACAGGCCACUGCCUUUACGGUUACUGGGUUCAAUGAUACCAGUGGUCGAGUCAACGUCACAUUACUGGAAACCAGCGGCGUGUCCAUCAGAUUGUCAGGUACCUACAAGUCAGAGGAAAACCAGCUGCUAUUGAAGGUCUACCAGGUGAAAGGGCCAACAGAGCACUACUACAGCAAGUUUAAAAAUGACAACUGGGCCAUGGAUGGAUAUGUUACUGCUGAAUCGGACCAGAAGACGUUUGUCUACCAGGGCCAUAUUCACAGUAAAGAUUUUGGCAAGUUCUAUCUGACAAGACAAGGCCCUGUAACCAUGCCGAUGGACCCAUCAAACCCUUACACAAACAGCAGCUCUGUGGCAGCAGCCAUCUUAGUUCCUUUCUUUGCCCUCAUCCUCUCCGGAUUUGCCUUCUACCUCUACAAGCACAGGACACGUCCAAAGGUCCAGUUCAAUGGCUAUGUUGGCCACGAGAGCUCCAAUGGUCAGGCAUCAUUUGAAAAUCCAAUGUAUGACACCAACAUGAAACCCACUGAGGCUAAGGCAGUUCGAUUUGAUACCACACUCAAUACCGUCUGCACUGUGGUAUAGUCCAGCUAUCAUGCCACUGCCCAUACAGUGGUUCGGUCCAGCAUCCAUUGCUGUAGUCUGCAGUGUGGUUUAACCAAACAAAAACGAAAGGACUAACUUAGGAUUUGGACUCGUCACCAUGAGCAGUCGCUGUGUAGCAAGCUGGUCCUCGUACAGCAUCAUCUGCAUAGUGAUGCAGCUCUACUCCACUUCCUACCUGAACAAGGAUAAUACCCCCCCGUAGUCUGAAAGAGGAAAAAGGGAGAAAAUCAGUUGGAAACUAUAAGCAUGGGAGGAGACAAUGAUGUCAUCAAGUAACACAAAGUCUGUCGUUCAGGAGAUCCAAUGCUGUAAUUCAGUCAUUAGGGAAAAACACAGAUUUAGGAUACAAUUAAUUAAAUUCCCUGAAAGAACAUGUUUGUCCAGUUUUGGUUGACAUGUGCUUUUUCACAACCUUCUUAUAGAAAGAGUUUUAUAUGGCCAGUGUCAUAUGGCCCUCAGAAAUCCCCUCUACAAUUAAACUGUUGUUCAUGCUACUCUAUCCCAGCGCCCCUUACGAACUCCCCUGCUGCAGGCCAGGAAUGGGUUUGACUCAUUUGAGGUUCAAACCUCAGGGGAAACUCAUCCACCCUUCUGCCCUCUCCAGACAUUAGAUGGUUCAUAUAUGUAGAUAUACCUCUUUCUGGAUUUCCUUUAUAUGGGACUUGACAGGACUAUACCCUGAGACGUAAUGACACUUUAACAGAGUCUAUUCAAAAAAUAACAGUGAUUGCACAGACUGCUGUAAGACCGACAAAACAUACUGACAUAAUAACACUCUCAUUCAGUCCUAGACACUGGAAUGAAAUUAGUGCUAAUUGUGAUGGACAAGUGCUAAUCAAGCCAGGGUCGAAUAGAAGCUGCAGAGAAGUUUGACGAUGUUUUAGCCUAUUUGGAGAUCUGAACGAGUUGGGUUCAAUAUAGCAGGACAAUCACAGAGUUAGUAAAGUUUAGUUAUCAGUUAAUUAUGGGUUUCUGUAAUUGUCUUUACCUUAUUUCACCUUUUCUAAUAAUAUCUACACAAAGUAGAUAGCAACUUAUUAGGCUAAAACAUACCAAAUCAGGCUUGUGCAAACAAAGUUUUCCCCAGGUUCAGUAUCAGAACCUGUGGACUUAUUUUAGAUGUGAAUUGAACAUUUUCAAAUAUUAUUAUAUACAGGUACAAAAUACAUGCAGUCAACUUAAUACAAUAUUCCACAGUAGCACUAGGCAAGCUGAGAUAAACCAGAAAACCAGACAUUUGAGUUGCCCGGUUGGUGUACGCAGUGGACUGGUUUCCAGAGGCCUGUCUAAUACAAUCAAGGAGUCAGACAACUGAUUCUCGUUCUUAAACUAGCCAGGAUUCUGUGCUUGGUGGCUGAACAAGUGGAAGCCUGGAGGCAAUAAGCUGUCAGGAUCGUCGACUGCUGCAAUCAGCUGUAGCCAAAUCCAGGAAAUGAAUUGUCUUCUCAUAGCUCUGAUCGGGACUUUCAGUCAGGAAAUGACUGAUUUUAUAUACUCUCCAGCCACAAAAUCAGAAAUAGAUGAACUGAUUGACAGAUUCUUUGACUGACAGACGCAAACAAAAGGACAGAUAGACACCUCUGUCAGUCGUGCUGGAAGGAGGACAUGUUGCUGUGGAAGCAGAGGCAAAUAGUCUCUUAUUGUCUCUUCUGGCAUUUUUCUUCAGUGAAGAUAUUGAUGAACAGACUCAUAUGUUCAAAACCCCAGUGGCCCCAUGGGACUUCCCAAACCACUGCUGCCGGGGACCCCAAAAUAUAAACUUUAUAUAAACCGCACAAAUUUUGCACUAGUGUGUUUUUCUGACUGGGUUAUGAAAAAAAAAUGAAUAAUUUUUGGGUCUGAAAUGGGUUUGGAAAAUGAGUAAUUAAAAAAUAGCAUUUUAUUCAAAAACUUCUAUCUUUAAAAAGAUGACAAAAAUGAUUAAAUACAGGGUUACAGAGUGUUUGUAUAUACACAUUUAUAUUUCACACUCCCUGUAAGCAGAAGGUGUGACCACAUGCUAUACUGUUGUUUAUUUUGUUGCCAUGACAACACGCUAGCCAACCAGAAAGUUGGGAAUAGUUUACCUGUGGACCUCCAAGCAGGAAAGGAAAUGUCGUCCUGCCAUUUAGAAACUUUGCUGUUUCUGAAAGCUCAUACUGAAUAUUGUUAGUAAUAUUUAACACUUUAAAUACAAUAUUUCAAAAAGAUUUUAAAACGUGCAGUUUGGUCCCAGUGAAACAUUGGUGCCACGUUACUAAUAUGGGAUGCACAUGGCCUGAGACCAGAAGGCUCUGCAGCAGGAGAGCAUCACCGGUAGUCAUUUUACCAAUAAUCAGUGAUAUUGGGGAGGCGUUUGUGCAGAACUCAAAGGAGACCAGAAGGCAAAACCCACCCCAGUCACUGCCUCUUUAUCCUGCUGCCAUCUGGCCAGUGAUACAGAAGUAUUCAGUGCUACAUCACCAGACUCUGAAGCAGUUUCUAUCUUCAGACUCCCCAUUCAGUGAGAAAAACUACUUAUUUAAACUGUCAAAUCUGUCAGUUUUUUAUAAUUUGCAAUGUGAGAAUGUGAGGACUACAUGUACAAUUUUGUACUUUAACUUUGUGUUGCUCAAAUAUUUACAGUGUUAGAUAUAUAGUAUAUCAAAUUCAGAGGAUUCUACUGCUACAGCUGUAGAUUGUAUGAGCUUUCAGGAAUAACAUGUGACUGUUUCUCUAACGCUCUUUAAAAACGCUCUUUCGACACACAUUGUCAUGCAUCGUUUCGACACAUCAAAUAUCUGAUGCACAUUAUCUUGUUUGAACACACCUUUUUAAAGAGCGCACAACCUAUUUGCGUUGAGAAUUGGUAAUUUACCACAGAGGACAAAAAGAUACAGCAUGAAGACAACAUGCACAAUUAUUGUUGUCGAUAGUUAUCGUCCCCUGAGCCCCUCCAUUGUUUGAGAAAUACCUCGUGUGCAGAGAGUAAGUUACGUCCUGCUUAUCAAUGCUGGAACCUCACUGCAACAAAUACACAAGCUUAGUGAGUGCGACCCCAGUCUGCUUAAUUUCCUGCUAUUUUAAAUCAAAACGCUGUUCUAGCGUCAAACGGUUUUCAGGAUUCAAAAAGGAUUCGGUAGUUUCAAGUCGCUUACCAAGCUUGUUAUUUCUCGCAGUGUCCUCUCAAAAUAUUUUUAUUUUUCGAAAGAUGCUGCACUUGGUUUAAAUCACAGAUGUUAACUGCUUUUAUCGCCUGUCGUUGUCUUUAGGUCUGUUUCCUGUUGCACACUCCAUGCGCAACAUUGAGUCAUUGUUUUUAUAUGUCAAGAAUUUGCUUUAACCUUACGCGAUUUUUUUUUGUUGUCCAAAAUUUUAUUUUAUUUAUGUUUUCCGUGUCCAUAGUAUAUAUGUUUUCAUCUACACCUAUUCAUUCAUUCACACAGUAUAAAAUUGUGAGUAGAUAAUGAUAAUAAUACCCUAAAAACCAUAUAGUGAGUCUGGCAAAGGUUAAUUUAACUGAAAUGUGUAGAUUUUCACUAUAACCUAAAUACAGGGAUUUAAAAAAGCAUUCAGCAUGAGGAGGUUGUCACAGCCACCUGUUAUGAGAUAAGGAAGAAUAAAUUAACAGCAAAUGUGGAGGAAGGGGGCGUGUUUAGCUUUUCAGCUCCGGUAAUUGAAUGUGACUGUACACCCAGCCCUAAACGCUGGAAAAGAAGCGAGCUGGAACAAUAAUCAUUAUGUAUGGAGGAAUUAUACCUCAUUGUCAGCCUGUCAUUUAUAGCUUCAGUAUCAGGGUCGUGGUCAGACAGCCAAAAAUAGCACCAAUGCAAUGCAGACAAAAUAAAAAUACACAGACGAGUGUAGUGGCUAAGAUAACAGCAAUAACCACAAGUCAGAAGAUGCAUAUUUAAAGUCUCUUCACAGGAAUAAACAAGAUUUCUGUAAACAAAAAUAGAGCAUCUGCUCACACCUCGUGAGCCUCCACUCUCUUUUUUUACUGUUAGAGUGCACCCCGUGACUCUGUUUUAAUUGAUUUAAUUAAUUCAGUUGAGAGUUCCUAUGGAGUCAAGAGUGCAUAAUAGAGCCUGAAAAUUAGCAGCUCCAAGGUUUCCACCGGCGUAAUAAAAGGCCUCGUUUUUAACAAUUAAUGGCAGAGAUUUGAUCUCCUUGUGUGCCCGAAAGAGAAAAUUCAGACUCUGCGUUGUCUCUGUUCUGGUGUUUUGGUCACAGCAGAACCUCACUGUCCCCACAGAAGUUCAGCCAAACACAAACUGCACAUAUCAAAACUGCAGCAGGAUUCUCAAGUUAUAAUGUUUCUGGGGCCUCGCAUGAAUGUCUGACCUCCGCUGACCCUUCAAGGUUUCUCCAACAGUCAGCUUGGUAGUUACAGAUGCCAUCAUCAGCUGUUUCUUUCAGUAAGUGUUUUCACUCCUUGCAUUCAUACACUGAGAGUAAGGGUAUAUUCACGCGAAGAUAAAUUUAGAUUAACAAUGUCACAGUAGUGGUGCAGACAGUGUUCAAGUACUAUUUUACAGCCAAGCACAAUAAAUAUUUUAUAAAAGGAUCUAUUUCAAUAAAAAGUCCUCAACAUUGUGGCAAAAAUAGGUUCUGUAGAAAGUGAAGAAGAGACAUCUGGAGAUAAUUAAAAUGAUGUCUUCCUAAUUAAAGUUAAAUUAAUGUUAAAGAUCAAAAUGAGGAAAAAGACACCCCUCAUGAUUCUCUUUAAAAAAAAACCUCAUAUUGUUAACCACAUUAUUGGUUAAGAACAUACAUGGAUAAGAUGAUUAUCUACAUGGAAAUAUUUAUAAGCCAUGUGCAGUGAUUUACUGUAUCGGAAAUUGAUAGAGUCAAACCUUACAACAAGGCUAAAAAUCCUUGUUUGGCGUAGCUAAGACUGCUUUUCUCCCAUGUGCCCUGCCAAAGGAAGGCACUGGGGAGAAAAGCAGCCUUAGCUGUGCACAUGGCAGCUUACAGUGACUUUAAGAACGGAUUAAAAGCAGUGCUACUAUUCUCCAUCACUCAACCUUUUUAAAAUGAGCAGAACGAAAUUCAGCUGAACGUGACAGAUAAGUGCCACGAGAUGCCUUGAAAAUCUGGACGAUGUUGUCUUCACUUGAGGCCUUUUUUUUUUUAGCAGAAUUUGUCAGGACGUUUCAAAGUUUGUCCUUAAUUUGGUAUCGUCAGCAGUCUUCGCUGUUUAAAGCAGCGACAGCUGGCCGCAAGAUUUAAGAAAGGAACUACAGACUAAAUUUUAAAAUGCCAAGGUUAUUUUUACUUCUUCAGUUAGGACUUCUCACAGCUUGGGGAGAAGUUUGAUUUGUCCCUCACUUUUUCUAAAGCGGUAUUGUCAGCAGUCCUCGAUGAAACAAGGGACUCAAAGCCACAAUGAGCUUUUGGGGGAAAAAAAUCACUGCUGGAAAUUCAUUGCCAGAUGGAAAUUUGACCUUGUUGUGUAUCUCUUUUCUCAAACAAUAUUAGUCUUACCUACACACAUAUAGUCUAAGUAUCUGGCUUGUUUUUUGUUUCACUUUUUAUGCUAAUCAAACUAAAUAUUAAGUAUAGUUUAUAUUUCUUUUGCAAGACUAUUCAUCUUGUUCUCAACAGUUUGGUGAGGACAAGCUUCUCAUGCUGUGUGCUGAUGUUAGAGCUAUAAUCUACUACCUGCUCUGGAUUGAAUAUUACUUUAUUUCCACUAUUUAACCAAAAGGAUAAUUAUGGCAUUUCCAGCUCAUGGCUGUGUGAGCCUCACAUAUGCUUAUCUUUACACGUUACACAAAAAGGAUGCAUUCUCAGCAACACAUAUUAACAUAAAGCAUCGCUGUUGCUCAUAAAUACUGAAAUAUAGAGUUUAUUUUUUCUUCUCCCGAAAGGCAGGAAUAAGCUGAGAAAUGGCAGGUCCUUAACAGGAAGUUGCAUUCAUGGUAAAUGUUUUUAUUUUAUGCCUCAUAAUACCUACAUUUUCAUCUCCGCCGUCUCACCAUCAUCAUGUGCUGCUGAACUUGAAGUAGGUGCAAAAGAAAAAAAAACAUUUUUGUACAGAAAUCUAUUUUUUAUGAAGAAUUUGUAAAAAAAGAAAAGAAGAAACAAAUUAUUAAACAUGCUGUACUUUUUAUGAUUAAUGAAGUAGGUACAAAAAAAAUCUUGUUCAUUACAGUUAAUGUUUUUACUGUUACACACCAUGUAAAAAAAAUCUAUGGUUCAAACUGAGUUUAAAAGAUGAAAAAUGUAAAAAUGUCAGAUCUCUUUCGUCCGUCAUGGCUGCUUUUACACAGGAACAGAAAACCCGGCAUUGAUUGUAUUUGUGCUGAAGGGACACGUAUGACGCGAGUCACACCUUCAGACAAUGUUACUGACUGUGUAAAACACUUUUGCAGCCAGCACAGCGUGUCGUCCUUCUGAACAUUAAAGCUUUGAAAGCAUUCACAGAGAUAUGGUACACGAUGCAGUGGCACAUUGAACAGUUUUUUAUAUGGCUUCUUAUGUGGCAGCUGUCCUAAAAAUUGGUGACUCUUCUCAUUAAAAUAUUGUUUACACUUUAAAAAAAAAUUGGAUCUCAGACACGUGAACACACUAAACAAACACCAGAUGUUACGCGUCUCAAUAUUAUUAACAGUAGUUACUGGUGGUUUGAAAUGAAGCUUCCUAAAAGAGUGUUCUUGUGUAACAGCAGCCCUGUGCGACUGUGUGGGAUGACAUUCACAGGCACAAAAAGAUUUUGGAUUUUGGACUUGACCCCUUUACGGACUAAAAUCUGACCUCAUUUCUGUCUAAAUGAGAAGAGAUUUGGUACUCCUUGCUUAAACACUGGUUUUAGAGUGGAACAUGAACAUGUUGCAAAUUUAGGCGCUAGCUUCAUUAUCAAAUUGGCAACAGUUUUUGGAGGCUCCUGGUCUAUACACGUACCUUAAAAAUGGAAUUUUCUAUCCUCCUUGGAGAUCAUGAAGGAGAGACACAAUGGGAUGUUAUGAAGGGUUAAAUAACAGUAAGUGAAUGCAGCCUCACAACCUGCUAAAGAGACACACAGUUUAUCUAUCAGCUAUUUUGAUGACAUUAUUUGAGAAUAAAGUUUUGAUACAAUAA